AUGGAAAAGAUCGAAGAGAAGCUCAAGUCCGUUCUCCACCGGAGGAAGAAGUCGACGCCCACUCAGUCCCCUCGAGCGUCGUACGAGCAUCCUGAUCAGACUAGCCCGCGCACUGAGCAGCACCCAGCAUCACCUCUUAGCAGUCGGCAGCAAAAGCCCACGGCCCCCAAUGAUGUCUCUCACCCGGAGACUCGAGGUCAACCACGCGACUCUGCCUAUCACGAUGGCCGAGCGAGCCAUGCAGUAGCAACUCCUAGCACGGGCUCCAAUGGAUCCAAUGGCUCUAUGGCGAACGAUUACAGAUCGUACCUUCCUGCGCUUGUUUCCGAAGAGCAUUCAAAUGUCGAGCCCAGCGUUCCAGAUAGGCAUCUGCGCUAUAGGCCAUCGACAGAUGGCGAGCGAUCAAAGGCUCUUCCGGCCCUACCCAACACAUUACACCAUCCCCAUGGCGAAGUCAGACGAUCAAUCGACGUAGACGGUCCAGGCCGCACCAUACGCGCAGUGCCAACCGAAGCUCCCGCCGACAAGUAUGCAGUGGGUAGUCACGAUAUCAACAACGGCGGCUUGGAUGAUGACGUUCGAUCGCGCGAGCAGCGCUCUUCCUCCGACAAACAUGGAUUGAGCAAGAGUGGCCAGCCUGUACCAGGACUUACCAACAAUGAUGCGCUGGCCGUGAAACCUCUCCCGGGUCUCGCGAUCACGAAGGACUAUCAGGGCACGGAUGGCGCGCAUGAUUGGAAAGAGAAACAGCAAGCGAUGCUUGCGGGUGUUGUGAACCUCAAUAACACUGUAGACACGGAUCGAGACACUACAGUCGCCCCUGCCGUUACACACGAGAUCAUCAAACCACACGAACACGAGGUUAUCCAGCAGCAGAUCCAUCGCGAGAUCCACAACUACACAUACUAUCAUCGACUGCAGCCCGUUCUCCAGACCGAGGUUCUUCCACCCCGUCAUUUCAUUCCCAACCCUGAUGGCGAGGGCUUGAUCGAAAUAUCCGCAGACGAAUUGCCGAACCGCACUGGCAAGAACAGAUGGUGGGAUAUCGUUCAGAAGGAGCCGAACCUUCCGGCAACUCCAUUCGAAUGGCGCACAGAACCGCAGAUCAUCGAGGGGAAGCCAUAUAUGACUGAGGACGGCUUUGAACGCAGGGAGACAACCAUCAUUUACCCACCAACCCUAGACGAUAUGUCGCGCUACCGUGGCCUGGUCCAGCCAGUGCACUUCGAUCACAAAACUGGGGAGCGUUGGUUGGGCGAAGUCACGACCGUAGAGAAGCUGAACCGGGAACUGGGCCGUCAAGGGGAUGAGGAUUUCAUGACGAUGAAGGAUGUCACUGCGGACCUGCCAAAGAUUGCGUCCAGUCCCUCUGUCAAGCGUAAGCCUCUUGGCCAGGAUUCUCUCUAG